AUGGAGCACAACCCGAUCCAUAAAGAGGUGACGGUUGCUGCUCAGCCGCAAGCUCCCAAGGGCCGUCAACGGGCCAAGCAAGCUUGCGAUGAAUGCCGCAGACGCAAGCGCAAGUGUGAUAGCACCUUUCCGUGCGCUAUGUGCGUACAGUUUGAAUAUCCAUGUAAAAUCAACGGAGUUCUCGUCCCUGGCCAAAAGCUCAAGAGGUCUCUUGAUGUGAUGCUUGAGAGCAGUGAGGCAUCUUUUCAAACUGCGCCCUCAGCUCCGCCUUCAGUUCCCGCCUUAACUAUGGCCUCAACUUAUCCCUCAACUGAGCCCUCAGCCACGGCAGAGGAUGUUGCCCAUCAAACCACGGCAGAGGAUGUUGCCCGUCAAACUCCACUCCCUCCUCUCAACCGCGGCAUCAUUGAGCCAGCAAAGCGACGCUACAUGAACCAGAAUUCGGCUGUGGCCUUUCCUAACCAGCUGGGCAUGGAGCUUGAGUCUGCUCAUCCUCCCCGUCUUCAUUCAUUUGCCUGGAACUGUGGCAUUCGCCCUGAGGAACCUGGAUCCAUCCAUGCUCCAUUGACCAACUACAUCAGUUAUGAGGAGUGUCGACACUAUACGGAAAUCUACUUCGCCACUGUGGAUGUGCCGUUCCAUCUCUUUGACAAGCAAAAGUUCCUCCAGCAGUGUGAUACCUACUUCAACAGACGAAACCAAGAUCUCAUCCUUGGUGCCUUGAUUGGAGCCGUUGUUUCUCUCGGCUCUCUCUUUGCCUUUCAUCAAGGUCACCCUAUGGAGUCGCAAAUCGUCAAGCAUGUGAAGGAUGUCCUCGAAGAUUCGACUUUCAGCCGUCUUCCCUCCAUUGAUCAAGUCAACGCAUGGAUUCUCCGGACUCUCUAUCUUCGCUCGACAACAAGACCACAUCUUACUUGGCUUUCGUCUUGCACCGUCAUGCAUCUGGUGGAGGCUGUCGGACUUCACCGUGAUCUUAACUCGGAGCUUGUCACCCAAAGCGUUCAGACUCCCGCCACAGAGGAUGAGGGAAGCAAGCGGACCUUUUGGCUCGCUUGGUGCCUCAACACAAUCAUUGCGUACGAGUAUGGCCGUACCAAGAUUCAAUUUGAUGGCAUAGACUCUCGACCCACCCCCUUUGAUGACAAGAGUGAGACUGGCCUCCAAAUACGCAUGGCCAGAAUCUUGCCUAGUGAAAAUAUCAGUGGCGAUGUGAUGGCUGUCAGCAAAUCUCUCGAGGCCGCCAUCCAAAAGCUUCUCGACAUGGGAGAGGUCAAGGGCUUUCCUGCCCUUACCAGAGGAGAUCUCUGCUUCUGCCUCUAUCGCCGCCUUCGCCUUCUCAAGGUCAGCAUCAGCAAAGAUACCUUGUCGGAGAUCCUCCAGAUCGGCUAUACUGCUGUCGAGGCAGCUUCUGACUUGGCAGAACGAGGUAUUCCGUGGUGGAAUGUCCUGGGCACCACCUUCCAGUUCUUUUGUGUUUUGCUCGCCAUCGACAACCGUGACAGCCUCACUCAGGUCUCGUGGGUUAUGCCCAAGCUCGAGCGCAUCGUGGAGAUCCUCAACACGCACAUGGCUGCCGAAGCACUCGACACGGCUAAGACCCUGAUGAGAGAUGCGUUGGCCAAGAAGAAUCAGGAGAUUGCUCUGUUGGAGGCGUCGAAUGGUAAUGGCUUCCCGUUUCCUCAUAGAGAGUUGACACCUGACUGGGACACCAUGUUGAACCCAUAUUAUAUCGUGGGAGGCUUCACGUUUAAGGAUCUUGGGGUUUAA